CUUUAGUUUUAAACAAGAAUACAGCAUUAGCACAGGGCAGUUAACAAAUGUUAUUAGUUGAUUUCUAUUCUAGAACAAUAGGAGCAGUGGCAUGCUCUGGCUCGGCCCAGAGAGCAGACAUAACCAGAUUUCCAGGUUAUAGGCCAGCAUUAGGGUAAAAAAUAAGAAUGGCGACAGGAGGGGAAAUAGGGGUCUGCUAAAUACAAUCAUUUGAACCUCUCUGAUCACUACUUCUGAAGACUAUUUGCCGAUAAAUGAGUAUUUCUCUAUUAAGUAGAUACUAUGUGACCACAAGCCUUGUCAUUUAGGGUCCAGAAAGAUCUCCUGAAGCAGUAACAUUGUAAGGUAGGGAACCAGAUGUCCCUUCAUUGCCUACCGUUUUCUGUUGUCAGUAGAAUGGAGUUAAAGCCUUCAGUGGCAUGUGACUCAUUCAGAUAAGGGGCAUAGGUAUUGUACCAAAGAUUGGAGAGAGCGCUUUCCUUUUCCACAUCUCCCCAGUCCCACUCCCUAUACCCUAGAAACGUACUCAAGAGACUAUGUCAUGGAGCCUGCCCAGCCGUAGGCUUGUGAAGCUCUUCUGCAGACAUUGUUUCAGAGCCUUCAGGAACCAAGCUUUGCUCUUCCUGGUCUGGCUUCUGUCUAUAUAGUCCUGUUCACUUUUUAUAGGUUGUCACGGAGCCCUUCCAAGGACAGACUUUGAGGGAAAGUAUUAGAAAAGCAAGGGCAAUAAAUUGCAAGGCCGACUGGGCAGUGUAGCAUAUCCUACGAACUGCAAAAUAAAAUAGUGUCCAUUUUCUGUUUGUGAUAAGGACACUUGACAUUUGCACAGCACAUUUUAGUUCAUAAGCUCCCAGAACUCGGCUAAUCCUGAGAGUUAGGAAAGCAGUUCCUGCAGUAGGCUCUCCCCUUUACGAGGGCUCUUGUGGUUAUCUCACGAAGCCCGCAGAACUGCUCCAGUCACUUGACCAUGUGGGGCUGGGACGCGCAUCUUUCCACAGCACCACCUGCCUCCCAUUCCUUCCCAUCCCUUGCCCCUUGACUUCUCUUCCUUCAUCCCGCUGUUGCCGAUCCGUUUGCCUUCAUCGAUUUCUAAGCUGCCAAAGUAAAUCCAAAACAAGCAAUGGAAACAUCAAUUCAUGAUUUCUGAGGAGCGUUUAAAGACAGGUUUUAUGUGGCGCUGUUCCGUUCCUUUUUCUUGGUGGAGAGUACUGCCCUGUGAGAGCAGGAAUGCUUCUUUCCAUGCAGACUUGGUAGAAUCCAUAGACAAUCUGUUGUAGCUAGUGCCAUGUGGAAACAAGGAGAGCUUCCUAGUCUGCCUCCCUGGGCAUGGAUUCUUGGACUCUGAAGAUAAUAGAGAUCCCUUCGUUAAAGCAAAGACCAUCAAUUCCAUUUUCUCUCAGGACUCCCAAAGAAAAUAAUCUUACUGAAGAGGGGCAUAGAAUUUUAAAAAACUACAAGCCCCGUAGAGAACCGACCACCAUGAGGUAGACUAAUUCAGUUGGUAGGAAAAUUACCACGUAAAGAUGUAGAAAUUAUGGGCCUGCCUAGAACAGGCUAUGAAAAUCUGUAGUGGAUGUUUGAAGAUCAUGGACGUGAAGUAAAAGCACAAAUGAAUGAAAAGCUAUUUGAGCUUGAGAUAAUAAGUAAUAAGGUAAUUGAAAUGAAACUCCAUUUAUUGGGCAGCAUGACAUUAGACCCAGCUCUUAACAGUAGAUUGUUAGCUGAGACUUGUAAUGAAGCCCAAAAAGACUAGAAAAUGAAGAAUCCCUCAGGUUGCAUGUGGAGAGUGGUCUGGAGGGGGCAGGACCAGGAACACUGGUAAAACUUGAAGCAAGUUGUUCAUGCAGCAUACAAGUACCUGUUAAGUGCCAGUGUGAUGCAGGAGAGGGUCAUGUUCAGAAGGUCCUGUUAAUACUUUUUUCAGUGGCUCAGAAUGGCUCAACCAGGGGAGCGACCGGGGAGGGGAGAUGGAUGAAUUUGAAAGACAUUUAGAAGGUGGAAUUAGUGAGAUUGAUGAAUAAGAAAGUGGAGGGGAGGGUGGACUCUUCCUGACAAAAAGUAGGACGUAAGCUUUGUGAGGUGGAGGUUUAUUUCUUUAAAUGCACUUACUGAGCGCUUCAUUACGUGUGUUGGAGAUUGAUGGAGAACAGUCCCUAACUUCAAGGCGUGACAUCGGGAGGAUAGACUGGCUGCAUGAUACCACCGCCACUGUGUUAGAGCUGUGCCCAGGUUGCUGUAGAAGCACAGUGGUUUCCACCUGUUUUCAGGGUCCCUUGGGAGAAACUCCUUGAGGUGCCCAGGCUGAGACUGGGGGGUAAUGACACUGUGAGCUCUAGAUGGUGUGAGACCCCUCCCCACCCCCAGAGCCGAACAAUGGCUACAGCCUUGGAACCAGAGGACCAGGAUCUUUGGGAAGAAGAGGGAAUCCUGAUGGUGAAAUUGGAAGAUGAUUUCACUUGUAGGCCGGAGUCUGUCUUACAGAGAGAUGACCCUGUGCUUGAGACCUCACACCAGAACUUCCGGCGCUUCCGCUACCAGGAAGCAGCAAGCCCUCGAGAAGCUCUCAUUCGGCUGCGAGAACUUUGUCAUCAGUGGCUGAGGCCGGAAAGGCGGACGAAGGAGCAGAUCUUAGAGCUGCUUGUGCUGGAACAGUUCCUUACCGUCCUGCCCGGAGAACUACAGAGCUGGGUGCGGGGCCAGCGGCCAGAGAGUGGCGAGGAGGCCGUGACGCUGGUGGAGGGUUUGCAGAAACAACCCAGGAGACCAAGGCGGUGGGUGACUGUCCAUGUUCAUGGGCAGGAAGUCCUGUCAGAGGAGACGGCGCAUCCGGGAGCAGAGCCCGAAUCACCUAACGAGCUGCAGAACGCUGUGCAGACCUCAACUCCUGAGGAGUCCCACGAGGAGACCACGCAGAGCCCAGACCUGGGGCCAUCGGAAGAGCUGAGCGUGUGCCACGAACUGGAGUUUCAGCCCCUGCAGCAGAGCGAGGUUCCAGUGCCGCAGGGCCCAGACCUUCCUGAAGAGAGGAGCCCUGGAAACCCAGAGAUGGUUGCCUUUCUUACUGCUCUCUCACAGGGAUUGGUAACUUUCAAGGACGUGGCUGUGUGCUUCUCCCAGGACCAGUGGAGCGAUAUGGAUCCAACACAGAAAGAGUUCUAUGGAGAAUAUGUCUUGGAGGAAGACUGUGGAAUUGUGGUCUCUUUGUCGUUUCCAAUCCCCAGACUAGAUGAGAUCUCCCACGUUAGAGAGGAAGAGCCUUUGGUCCCAGAUAUCCCAGAGCCUCAAGAGCCUCAAGAGCCAGAAAUCCUGAGUUUUACCUACACAGGAGACAGGAGUGAAGACGAAGAAGAGUACCUUGAGCAAGAAGAUGUAAGUUUGGAGGAUAUACACAGAUCUAUUUUGGGAGAUCCAGAAAUCCACCAGACUCCAGACUGGGAAAUAGUCUUUGAGGAUGAUCCAAGUAGACCUAACGAGAGAAGCUUUGGUACAAAUACUUCUCAAGUCAAUAGUUUAUCGAAUCUUCGGGAAACCAUGCCUAUCUGCCCCCUGUUAGGGAGACACCACGACUGCCCUGUAUGUGGAAAAAGUUUCACUUGCAACUCCCACCUUGUUAGACACCUGAGAACUCACACGGGAGAGAAACCAUAUAAGUGUAUGGAGUGUGGGAAAAGUUACACGCGGAGCUCACAUCUUGCCAGGCACCAGAAGGUUCACAAAAUGGGCACUGCUUAUAAAUUUCCCCUAAACCGGAAGAAUUUGGAUGAGACCUCCCCUCUGGUCCAGCCUGAGAGAACUCCUCCCGUUGAGAAACCCUUUAGAUGUGACGAUUGUGGAAAACACUUCCGCUGGACUUCAGACCUCGUCCGGCAUCAGAGGACACACACGGGGGAAAAACCCUUCUUCUGUACUAUUUGUGGCAAGAGCUUCAGCCAGAAAUCUGUGCUGACGACACACCAAAGAAUCCACCUUGGGGGCAAACCCUACCUGUGUGGAGAGUGUGGAGAGGACUUCAGUGACCACAGGCGGUACCUGGCGCACCGGAAGACGCACGCGGCGGAGGAGCUCUACCUCUGUAGCGAGUGCGGGCGGUGCUUCAACCACAGUGCUGCGUUCGCCAAGCACCUCAGGGGACACGCCUCGGUGAGGCCCUGCCGGUGCAACGAAUGUGGGAAAAGCUUCAGUCGGAGGGACCACCUCGUCCGGCAUCAAAGAACACACACUGGCGAGAAACCGUUCACGUGCUCUACCUGUGGAAAGAGCUUCAGCAGGGGCUAUCACUUAAUCAGGCAUCAGAGGACCCACUCAGAAAAGACCUCCUAGCUCGGUUCCCGUGGGAGGAGAUGUGCAUUCAGCCCUUCCCCGGGGACGGGCUAGGAGAAGCCCUCUCGUCAGCUCGGGGAGACCUCUUCCAGGGAGUCUCCCUGACUUGCCCAGACCUCCAUCACCUCUUCCCACAGCUAAAUGAAAUCCCCCAGGCAGAACCUGUCAACCUUCUUCUACACCUGGAGGAGAGCUUUUGCCCAAAGUACAACCCGGGUGGAGGCUUCUCCUUGACUGGAGGCUCUUGCCUCUACCUCAUGGGUAUAAAGUAGGAGAUUUAGAAGACUUAAGAGGUCGUGGCUAUUCUGUUUUACCCAAAAUAGGCUGUUGCAUAUCCUAAAGACUGCUUAACAGCCUCAAGUGUGAAGUUGCCCAGGACAACCCUUUAGGUUUGGCAAGGGACCAGCCUCUGGGAUUGUGUCCUAACUGGGCUCAACCCUUAAAAGCACACAGCCCGGAACUCAAGGCAGGAGAUUUGCAUCCUGACGGCUUGGCCACACACUCACGGGAUGACCGUUCAAAUAUCUCACUGGUUCACUCCUUCACCAUGCACUUUCCUUCGAUCCUGGGGAGAGUGGGGAGAAGUGUCUGAUGGGGGAAAACCUUGAGGCUGUUCCACGUGGACCUUGUCAGGCUGCUCCCUUCCCCAGUGCCAAAACGGUGCCAGGUGCCAGACCCUGCUAGAAAGGAGGACCUAGUCAGAAGCCUCUUUCCCUGUGGGGUGUUUUCCUGUUAGGAUUCUCAUGCCCAGCCUUACCUACUGUUCUACCAGCCUCGGUUUUGCCCCCAGCACUUCUGCUACAAGUGAGGUGUAACAGUUGGGUGCUGGGGGAUUCAGUAAAGCGUAAUUAAAUCAUGAAAUCAUUUACAUUCCCACCCGUGUACAAGCCCACGCAUCCUGCCCGCUCUGCGUGGGUUUGUGAAGGGAUUUUGGAACAGUUGUCAGCUUACAUAGAUAUUACAAUAAUUCUAGAAUCAUGAUUGACUGGGUCACUUCAUUUACACGAAGAAAACGAGAAGAUCUGAGACCAAAUUAUGGGGGGAAAAAAGUUUUUUUAAAGCUGUUGCUGUUGGCUAAGGCCAUCAAGACUAUUCUGACACCCAGCCCCUACUAUCCCUGCCUUGGUUCUCUGAUAUCAGGGAAAAUUAUGAACCCCAGCACCUGGGACCCUGAAGAAUUUGCCAGGAGUAAAUGGCUUUCAUGUA